AUGGAGUACUGGCGCUAUUCAGCCUCCCAGGCCUUGGAGGAACUCCGAUCCGGCAACCUUACUGUCGAACAGUACGCAUCCUCACUUCUUGAGCGGAUAAAGCAACGAAACGAGGACGUCCAAGCCUGGGCAUACCUUGACUCAGAUGCCGUACUAGAACAAGCCAGGGCUUUAGAUAAAGUUCCAUUUGAGCGUAGAGGGCCGUUGCAUGGUCUACCAGCGGGUAUUAAAGACAUCAUCUUGACGAAAGACAUGCCAACUGAGUAUGGGUCAAGCAUAUACAAAGAUGAUCAUCCGAAACUCGACGCUGGGUCUGUAAUGGUUCUUCGACAUGCAGGAUGCCUCAUCUUCGGAAAAACAACAACUACCGAAUUUGCUGCCUCAUUCAUCGGCCCAGCCACUCGCAACGCUCAUAGUACCACACGCACACCAGGAGGCUCAUCUGCUGGGUCCGGGGCCGCAGUGGCUGAUUUCCAAAUCCCCAUAGCGCUUGGAUCUCAGACGAAAGGUUCCAUCGUCCGGCCAGCUUCUUUCAAUGGUGUUUACGGCUUCAAACCUACUUGGCAUUCCAUCACCCGUGAAGGUCAGAAGUUCUGUUCUCCUACCGUUGAUACAAUUGGGUUCUUCGCCCGUAGCGUUGCAGAUUUUGAGUUAAUAGCUGAUGCAUUCUCUUUGCACGAUGACGAGGAGUCUUCAUUCAAGGAACUGGCGGGAUCCAAGUUUGCUGUAUGCAAGCCAGUCCAGUGGCAUAUGGCCGGUGAAGGCACCAUCUCAGCUAUGGCGAAAGCGGUAGAGUUACUCAGAGCUGCUGGUGCGCAGGUUGAAGAGCUCGACCUUGGUCCAGACUUUGAACAGGUUGUCGAGUGGCACGAAAUAAUUGUACGUCUUGAAGGAGCGACGAGUCUCUUGCCUGAACAUAAACAGGCUAGUGAACAGAUGGAUCAGGUACUGGCCAGAGCUGUGGAUGAACGAAACAAUAUCUCGCGCAGAUCACAACUUGACGCAUACGAUGGACUUUCGGCCUUACGACCACGUUUCGAUAAGAUAGCGGAGAAAUAUGUGGCCGUUCUAACGCCGAGUGUACUUGAUGAGGCACCAGAGGGGCUUAGAAAUACAGGCAAUCCCAUAUUUGCAUCACCUUGGACUGCCUUACACACACCGGUGGUCAACAUCCCGGGGUUCCGAGGUAGGAAUGAUAUGCCAGUUGGUGUUUCGUUGGUCACGGCGAGACUUCGCGAUCGUCAUCUACUCAAGGUGAGCCAAGUCGUCGGUCCGCUUUUUGAGAAGGGAGGGGGGUGGAACCAACGUUCUGCAUGA